CAAAAAACUCACAUUCGCAAUCAGUCAGUCGGACACCAAAGACAUGAACUCGCUGGCUAUAAUAAUAAUUUCACUUGUCCUUCUGGUUUCGCCCAGCUUGCAAGGGGAAAACGAAGUUAAAGUCCUGGGCUAUAAUCCCACCUACGAGAUCUGGUUUUACACUCCAAACGGGCGGCCCAAGUAUGUUUCUCCGAAUGUGCAGGCAGCUUACAAAAAGGCACGAGGAAAAGGAGGAGUUUGCUAUAAAGACUAUUGGCAUUACUGCAAAACUGGAGUAAAAAUAGAAGAGUAAAUUAUUGUGUACAAAAUUAAAGAGAAAACUUCAAGUGACCUUAUGAAUCAAGUG